CAUAAAAAAACCUAAGCCCUGCACUUCACUCUGGACCGGUUGAAAAGGGCACCAAAUUAUUUUCCUCCGACAACCGCAGCGUAAAGCGGCGGCGAGACCACCGAAGCUGCAGCGGUGAUGGGCGGAGGUAAGGGCGGGCAGAAGCGCGGUCGAACACAGCGGCGGCACUUCAGGCAGUCCAGAGAUAACACCUGGAAGUAUGGCAAUAAGAAGACCCGCGCCGAUGAGGACUCUACCAUUGAGGAUGCCGAUGCUGACCCCAAUCCUAAUCCUUCCUGGGAGCCCUUUUCCACAAAAAAUCCCGGCUUUGAGGAAUAUUACAAGGGGCAAGUAAUUGUGCCUGAAGAGGAAUGGGAGGAAUUUAUCUCUCUUUUGAGGAAGCCAUUGCCAGCUGCAUUUAGAAUUAAUGCCAGUGGCCAAUUUUUUGAGGAUAUUCGGUCGCAAUUAGAAAAUGAGUUCAUGAAAUCUCUUGACGCUGAGACUAGUGAUGACCAUGAAGUUGAAGCUAUUAGACCUUUGCCUUGGUAUCCUGAUAAGCUUGCUUGGCAUUUGAAUUUUUCUCGCAUGCAGCUGAGGAAGAACCAAACACUUGAGAGGUUUCAUGAAUUUUUGAAACAAGAGAAUGAGGUUGGCGCAAUUACGAGGCAAGAGGCUGUUAGUAUGGUACCACCUCUGUUCCUGGAUGUACUCCCCGAUCACUAUAUACUUGACAUGUGUGCAGCACCAGGAUCAAAAACAUUUCAGUUGCUUGAAAUAAUACACCAGUCAAUUAAUCCUGGUUCACUCCCUCAUGGACUUGUUAUUGCUAAUGAUGUUGAUGUUCAACGAUGCAACCUUCUUAUCCAUCAGACUAAAAGGAUGUGCAGUGCUAACUUAAUUGUUACGAAUCAUGAAGCUCAAUAUUUUCCCAGUUUGCUGCAGGGGGAAUUAGAGAGAGAUAUUUUGCAAUUUGAUCGUGUUUUAUGUGAUGUUCCAUGUAGCGGUGAUGGCACGCUUCGUAAGGCCCCUGAUAUCUGGAGAAAAUGGAAUUCAGGAAUGGGUAAUGGACUUCACCGCCUACAAGUGGAAAUUGCGAUGCGUGGUGUUGCGCUGCUCAAAGUGGGAGGAAGAAUGGUUUACUCCACCUGCUCAAUGAAUCCAGUUGAAAAUGAGGCUGUUGUAUCUGAGAUUAUUCGAAGAAGUAAAGGAUCAGUUGAGCUUCUUGAUGUUUCCCAUGAGUUACCAGGAUUGGUUCGUCGACCUGGUCUUAAAACAUGGAAGGUUCGGGAUAAGGGACUUUGGCUAGGUGCUUAUGAAGAUGUUCCUAUCUCUAGAAGAGGACUGAUUUUUCCAAGUAUGUUUCCUUCUGAUCAAAGUUAUCAUCUCGUAAAUAUAAAAAAUUGUGAUAAUGAAUCAGAAAAAUUGCAAAAUGAUGCCUCACAGGUUGAUAUUAGUAAAGAUUCUAUUGAAGGAGAGGAUGCCAUAAGAGUUGGUGCUUCUCAAGAUAACAUUAAUGAAACAAAAACUGGAGUUUCAAGUCUUGAUCUUGAACGUUGCAUGAGGAUACUUCCUCAUGAUCAAAACACCGGAGCAUUUUUCAUUGCAGUUCUACAUAAGAUUUCAUCAUUAACUGGUAUUCUUUUUUAUUCUAAUCAGCCAAGUAGUCUUCAAAAUUAUUUCAUCUAUUAACAAAAAAAUAAGAAUUUGGAAGCAUCUUCUGCUCCAAAUUCAACCGAUGGAUUAUCAUCUGUGCCAUCAGAUGAAAAAUUAUUGUUGUUAGACAAGGUUGCGGAUGACAUUUUGAAAACUAAACAGUCUAAAGGAAACACACAAAUGCAAGGCAAGUGGAGAGGUAUCGACCCUGUUGUGUUUUUCAGGGAUGAAAACACGAUCAAUAGUAUUCGAUCCUUCUAUGGUAUCAGUGAUUCUUUUCUGCUCGAUAGCCAUCUCAUUACCAGAAACAGUGACGCCAAUCAUGUGAAGAGGAUCUACUACAUAUCGAAGUCUGUUCAUGAGAUUGUUGAACUGAAUUUCAAAGUUGGGCAAAAACUGAAGAUAACUUCGCUUGGUCUGAAGGUUUUUGAGAGGCAAUCCUCCAAGGAUGCCUCAGCAAAAUGCAUGUUCCGGCUGUCAUCGGAGGGCCUACCAUUACUUCUUCCUUACAUUGGCAGACAGAUUCUGCGUGCAUCCUUAGCAGAUUUUCGUCACCUUCUACAGUAUCGGACGAUCAAAUUUCCUGAUUUCGUCGAUGCUGACUUCCGUGAGAAGGCAUCUGCUCUAAUGCCAGGUUGUUGUGUAAUAGUUCUGAAGGAAGGAGACGAAGAAACUCUUAAAUUUCGGGCGGAUUCGUCGGCCAUUGCCAUAGUUUGCUGGAAAGGGAAAGCCAACCUGAGCAUAAUGGUUUCUCAGUUGGAUUCACAACAGCUGCUCGAUAGGCUUGCAGUGCGUUUUGGAAGCUGGAAAGAUUCGGAGCCUGCCGAGGGUCAUUUUUUAUCAGAAGAAAGUAGGAAUUCAGUAAUGGAGUUUGCUGAAACGGAGUUAUCAGAAGCUGAUCAAGUAGAAGCUUUGGAAGAAGAUUAGGAAAACAUUUGUGAAAAAAACAGUGUUUGUGGGAAGAAAAAGGGCACUUUUGAUGUUUGAAGUCUUUAUGCGUUGAGUUUGGUGGUAGAUUUUCUUAAGUUUGAUUUUAGUUAAGUUUAAUUUUUUCUUAAAAUGUUUUAUUCGUCUGAAAUCAAGAAAUUGUGCCUAUUGAUUUUGAGUUUGUUUUUGAUUUUUACUUCUGAUAUUGUUUUUUAUUAAAU